UCCGCGUCCGCGCCCGUGCCCGUCUCGUCGUUGUUCAUCUCAAUGGCCGCCGACGGCGCCGACCCUUAUUUACUAAAGUUUUCAAAAUGGCGGUCCUUCGGAUUCUCGCAUGCGGUAACCUCGUCGCGAUCUCGAAUUCUGUACAGUUGUUGAAUCGCGUCACGAUCACGCGAGUCUCUCAGAUUCAACAGAGAUGGAGUAGUUACAAAUCAUCUUCAAAAUAUAAGACACCUGAAAAUUACACAGAUUACGAGAUUACCAAAGAUGAAAACGAAUGGAAAUAUGUAGAGCGUUUACUUCCAUACAAAAUUAUACCUAAACCACCAACUACUGGAAAAUUCUCAUCUGGCUAUAAACCAGCAUCUGCUUCGCCUAAGGAUAAUCCCUACUUCAUAGAACGUACGAAAAAUUACAUGCAGCCUGUGUAUUUGUAUAGAAAUCCCAGAGGACUUAAAAAAAUUACAGAAAUUACUAAAAUUCAAGGAGAUAUAUGGGCUUUGGAACAAGAUCUAAAGAAAUAUGUACAAAAACGCACGAGACAUAAAAUUACUAGCCAGAUAAACGAAUUUGCAGGUUUAAUUAAAUUUAAAGGUGAUUAUGUUAAUCGUGUUAAAGAAUGGAUGAAUAAAAAAGGUUUUUAAAAAUAA